AUGAGCGAUUCUUCGGAAGACGACCAACCCUUCAACCUUCGCGACUAUGAUGACGAAGAAUCUGACGAUGAACGACCGUACAAAAGACGGAAGACGACAAAAAUCCUGCGGAACCGCGGGCUAGGGUUCGUCAAGUCUACAGGUCAAGAAGAGGGGCAGGGAGAUGAGGACGAAGAACAAGACGUUGACGAUGAAAGACCCUCCAUGGGCAUUGGCGCAGGCAUGGCGGGCUUUCGAAGCUCCUUCAACAUAGGCGAAUACAACGACCAGGAAGCAAAGGCAGAAAGUGUCACUCCGCCGAUGGACAGGUCUCCCCAGGGGAGAUCAGAAAAAGCUCCCCGCAUGGGCCCUUCAGCGUUUGGGACCAGCGGACGGAUGAACAAAAACUCCUUUGCUGCGCGAAUGAUGGCCAAACAUGGCUAUGUUGAAGGUCAAGGUCUAGGAAAGUCAGGACAAGGGAUAACAGCACCGAUUCAGGCCAAAGUGCUGCAAAGCCGGGCCGGUCUGGGCCAGGGCGGCGGGACACCCGAAGCUCCUCGCAGAAGACAAGAAGCAGGAAAGGAAAAGACAUCUUCCACAGGCUCUACCCCUGGCACAAGCACACCGCGAAUCAAGGCACCUCCCAAGGCCAAAUAUGCCGUCGCAGCCAUCGAGUCGAGGGGCCUCCACAUCCCGGAGGCCAUGAAGCAAAUCAUUGUCGAUGCAACCGGAGCCGAAGCCAAAACCGUGACCUCUUUAUCAGGGUUCUCAACUCCGACGAGAGAGGCCUCACCAUCCCCUGGUCUUGAAGCUGCAAAAGCUACGUCCCGCAUAAAACUUCAACUGCAGGCUUUCGCCGAUGCGUGGGACUCGACAAAAGAUCAAGAAAGCCAUCUAGGGCAGGAAGAAAUUCAGCUCAGCGCAGCGCUGACAUUGCACGAAGAAGAGAUCCAACGCUACAACGACAUUAUCUCCGCAUUCGAACGAGUCGCUGUGGACGACUCGAAUGAAUCUCGAGACUGGGACUCCUCCAUAUCUCGCCUACAGGGUAUCCAAGCCCAUUCCUCUCAAUACAUCUCGGAGCUUUCGCUCCCUGAACUCACCGCCUCCUGCCUCGAAACACCCUUCCGGCGCGAGAUGGUUGAAUGGGAUCCUCUUUCUGAACCCACUCACCUAGUCGAUUCCCUGAAGUCGAUCGAUCAGUUACUCGAGAUUGAAAAAUCAAAGUCCUCCCGCCACCGCAAACGUACGACGUAUUUUGAGUCGUUGCUCCUGUUGCACUGGUACCCGCGCAUCCGUACAGCGUUGUCCAAAGACUGGGACGUGUAUGAUCCAGACCCGGCGUAUAAUUUGAUCGAUGCCUGGACACCACUUCUCCCUCCCUUCCUCAUCUACAAGAUCCUACAUGAAACCAUUAUUCCGCGAUUAAUCGAGGCUGUCAAGCGAUUCCCGAAGACCCUCGAGUCUGGCGCAUUCGGUGGUGACAGGACCAAGAAGUCUAGCAGGGCGCCGGAUAUGCACACCUGGCUCUUUGACUGGUGGACUCUGGUCUCUUCUGAUACGCUUGACCUUGAACGUUUCCCCGAACUCAAAUCCCUCGUGAAAUCCAAAGUCGACGCCGAAUCUUGGGCACAUUGGAAACCACUGCUCGGGUCAAGAAAACCCAAGCUGCUCCCUUCGGCCACCACACCCGCUACACAACGCACGACAGCAGCUACCAUGACAGGCCUCGACGAGGCGAUGGAGGAGAUGACGUUCAAAUCUCUCGUCGAGGAAUGGUGUUCCGAGCAUAACCUCCUCCUGCAGACCUCGCACAAAUCCGACGCGUUUGGUCGGUUGCUGUAUCGAUUGCAAGAUGCGGAGAGGAGGAAUCGCGGCAUAUUGGUGUAUUUGCAGGACGACGUCGUGUUCGGGGCGGAAGACGGAGAGCCAUAUGCGCUGGAUGAGCGGUUAAUCGACAAGGCGAGGGGAAAGUGA